UUGGGAAAGGUCCUGUUUGCUGGCGGCUCUGCCAGUCCUUAUGCCAAAGCGAUGAGGGGACAGAUCACCCUGUCCCAGCUUUUUUCCGAGAUGGAAGAGGGCUGCAGGCAGCACGCCUCCGCCUCCGGCAUCACCCUGCCCCCCACCUUCUCCGUCGCCCGAGCCUUCGAGGAGAUGGCGGCCAAGGGAACGGUCAAUGCCCCCCUUCUGCGGGCGGCGAGGGUGCUGCGGAGGAACGGAUUUAAGACCUGCGUCCUCACCAACAACUGGGUGGACGACAGCGCCGGGCGGCUCUUCACGGCCACGCUGAUGAACCUGCUGCGCCGGCACUUUGACCUGGUGAUCGAGUCCUGCCGGCUCGGGACGCAGAAGCCGGAUCCCGAGAUCUAUGCUUACGCCCUGGAUGCGCUGCAGGUGAAGCCACAGGAGGUCAUCCUCCUGGACGACAUCGGGGAGAACUUGAAGCCGGCCCGGGAGAUGGGCAUGGCCACUGUCCUCGUCAGGGACACCGAAACCGUCCUGAAGGAGCUGGAGGAGCUCUCGGGUGUCCAGCUUCUCACCCAAGAAGAGCUGCUGCCGACUGCGUGUGAUCCAUCCGACGUGACCCACGGAUACGUGCCCAUCCGGCCCGGCGUCCAGCUGCACUUCGUGGAAAUGGGGCACGGCCCCGUCGUCUGCCUCUGCCACGGCUUCCCCGAGUCCUGGCUCUCCUGGCGCUACCAGAUCCCAGCUUUGGCUGAUGCCGGCUUCAGGGUGAUCGCUCUGGAGAUGAAGGGCUACGGGGAGUCCACGGCCCCGCCGGACAUAAAAGAAUAUUCCCAGGAGCAGAUAUGCAAGGACCUGGCGGUUUUCCUGGACAAACUGGGCAUCCCGCAGACCGUGCUGGUCGGCCACGACUGGGGCGGUGCCGUGGUCUGGAACAUGGCUCUCUUCUACCCCGAGCGGGUGAGAGCCGUGGCCUCGCUGAACACCCCGUACCGACCCGCCGACCCCACUGUGGACAUCGUGGAGAAGAUGAAAACCUAUCCCACCUUUGACUACCAGUUCUACUUCCAGGAGCCGGGCAUCGCGGAAGCGGAGCUCGAGAAGGACAUCGGCCGGACCCUGAAGGUCCUGAUCCGCUCCACGCGCCGGGAGGACCGCCUGCCCUUCGCGCUCAACUUCCACGGGGUCCGGGAGCGAGGGGGGCUGCUGGUGGGCUUCCCCGAAAAGCCUCCCGCCAGCCAGAUCCUGCACGGCCCCGAGCUGCAGUACUACAUCCAGCGCUUCCAGAAAUCCGGCUUCAGUGGCCCUUUGAACUGGUACCGCAACAUGCGACCCAACUGGCGCUGGGCGCUCUCUGCCAAGGAUAGGAAGAUCAUGAUGCCAGCGCUGAUGGUCACCGCCGGGAAGGACGUGGUGCUGCAUCCCAGCAUGAGCAAGGGCAUGGAGGAGUGGAUCCCGCAGCUGCACCGGGAGCACAUCGAGGAGUGCGGGCACUGGACGCAGAUGGAGAGGCCGGCGGCGCUGAACGGGAUCCUGGUGGCGUGGCUGGAGGGGCUCCCCCCCGACACCCCCCUGCCCAAGGGCUCCAGGCUGUGA